UAAUGCAAAGGCACAAACUUGGUCUCACUUUGGCGUGACAUUUAUCGAAGGGAAACAGAAUGGGAUUAAAAUGGUGUUUGUUUUUGAUAGUAAACAGUGUUUUUGUGUUGCUCCUGCAGUGUCAGCACGGUGCAAUAGUCCCGCGACAGUAUUAUGAUGAUCUACUAUACUGCAGCUGCAGUGUCGAGGAACUGCUGCUGCUGAGCCCAUCAUCUUCAAACCCACAACAUGAGCUGCAGUCAUGGCAACCAUGUAUGACUGGCAGAAAACAGACUGCAGUGUCUGAGCUCCAGUCGACCUGGACGCUUCAGAGCAUGAACACACUCCUAUGGGCAGACGAAGAGUUGUGAUUUUGAGACACCAGGGCAACCAUGACUGUGAGGCACACAAUUAAGCAUCUGGCUUACCAUCCAAUGCGUUCUAGAAACAAACAUCUGCAGCAGAAAUGGGACAAGGCUUCAUAUGAAUUACACAGGGAAAAGGUGAGGUCAGCCAAACCAACAAUAAACACAACUCCACAAGAGACCUAUCGUCACCUUGUCAACAAACUGAAGACCAAAAAGCUUAAAGAAGAAAGGACAAUGACGAGGGAAAACAAUAUGCUUGAGGAAACAAUUUCACGCAUCAUGAAGACAACUGGAAGAGUUGACAACAGGAAUUAUUAUGAGCGAAAAAGCCUUGGCAAGGAGAAGCGACAGCUGGAGUUGCUCCGCAUUACCAAGGAGAAUCAAAUGAUACUGCUCCGUCUGAGUCAAUGCAAGUCACACUAUAAUGUGAGGAGCUGGCAUGACGACUGGCUCAAAACUCUCAAGUUGAUGGAUAGCAUAGCACGUUACCCACAGGGAAGGACAAAUCAAAAGGGACAAGAGAAGCGCAGUGAUUGUAAUAAAGAACAAAAGAUCAGCGCGGGUGAGUCGACAAACAGCCCUUCAAGCAAAAAGGCCAAGGGCAAAGCAGAAUCUAAGGAAAAGAGAAAAGAAACCAUAGAAAGAAGACUGACCCUGAACCAAAUCCACCAAAGGAAUCCACCAGAUACAGCUGAGAAUCCUGGUUCCUCUGACACCAAUCAAAUAACAGAUCCAUUGCCUCACACUGCUAAAAUUCUCUCUGCCGAUGGAUCUAAAAUGCCCAGCACUCUUCAAACCUAAAACACUCCAGCAGGAGACUUCAAGUCCUGCAGAGGAAUAAAAUGCCUUCUUCUACA